UUUAAAAUUAAAUGGCCUAACAGUUCUAAAAUUUCUAAAAUGUAAUUGCAAGAGCAUUGAUAUUUGAUAGUGAAGAGAAAGGUUUCAUUUUACAGACGGAAAAAGGUCUAACAGUUCAGUUCGGUCCGCCGAACAAAGUGGACUUUUGGAGAUAUUUAUUCCAGGACUCCAUUGUUGGCUGCCAUUGAUCGUCCUUUCUUCGGAUCUUACCAGCUUUUGCAUUGGUGAACUGCAAAUACAUGGCAUUGUUUGUACCAUGCUUGGACUAAAGAGGAAUUUUUUGCUGGCAUUCUUUCUUAUUAUCUGAUUAUAAAAAUUUGUAAUGGGGGCUUUGUUGAGCUUGGCCAGUACCAAGAGCGAGUAUGGCGAAGUUUCUCAAAAUGAAAACUGCAAAAGGCAAAAGAUGUCAUCCAGCCUUAUAAUAGAGGGCUCAAGAUUAAUUCCCAGCCUUCCUGAUGAGAUAUCCAUUCAGAUUCUUGCUAGACUGCCUAGAAUUUGCUAUUUCAAUGUGAGGUUGGUGUCAAAGAACUGGAAAGCAACUGUAAUGAGCCAUGAACUUUUCAAUUUGAGAAAAGAACUUAGAGUGACAGAAGAAUGGCUAUAUGUGUUGACCAAGGCUGAAGAUGAUAAACUUUUCUGGCAUGCUUUGGAUCCUUUGUCAAGAAAAUGGCAUAGGUUGCCACCAAUGCUCAGUCUUGCCACUGAAGAAGAAUCUGAGAAAUCUAUUUUUGGGAUUUGGAGGAGGAACAUGGUGGGACCGAGUAAUAAAAUUGCUGAUGUAAUCUGGGGCUGGCUUGGGCGGAAAGAUGCAAUGGAUCAAAUGCCAUUUUGUGGGUGUGCUAUUGGAGCUAUUGACAGAUGCCUUUAUGUGCUGGGUGGGUUUUCUAGAGCUUCAGCCAUGAGAUGUGUCUGGCGAUUUGAUCCAAUUCUGAAUGUAUGGAAUGAAGUGACACCUAUGUCUACAGGUCGGGCUUAUUGUAAGACAGCUGUCUUAAACAACAAGCUUUAUGUUGUUGGAGGGGUUAGCCGAGGUGCCGGUGGAUUGACUCCUCUUCAGUCUGCUGAAGUUUUUGAUCCCUGUAGAGAUACAUGGGCGCAAGUACCAAGCAUGCCAUUCUCAAGGGCUCAAGUGUUGCCCACUGCCUUUCUGGCGGAUAUGUUAAAGCCUAUAGCUACUGGGAUGACUUCAUACAGAGGAAAGUUAUGUGUGCCCCAAAGUCUGUAUUCAUGGCCGUUUUUUGUUGAUGUUGGAGGAGAGAUUUAUGAUCCUGAAACAAAUUCAUGGGUUGAAAUGCCAAUGGGCAUGGGAGAGGGUUGGCCUGCAAGGCAGGCAGGUACCAAACUCAGCGUUGUUGUAGAUGGUGAGUUAUAUGCAUUUGAUCCCUCUAGUUCUCUAGAUAGUGGUAAGAUCAAGGUAUAUGACCAAAGUGAUGAUGCUUGGAAAGUUGUCAUAGGGAAGGUCCCAUUGUGUGAUUUAUCUGAUACCUCAGAGUCGCCAUAUUUACUUGCUGGUUUUCAUGGAAAGCUUCAUGUCAUCACAAAAGAUGCUAAUCAUGACAUUGCAGUUCUGCAGGCUGACUUGCGCGAUAGUUCUUGUUCUUCCCGAUCAAACUCUUCAUCUCCCGCUGGUCCCUUGCAUGAAUGCUUUGACUCGUUGGCAGAAACAGAAACAGUUGUUUGGAAGGCGAUUGCCACUAGGGAUUUUGGAUCUUCUGAACUGGUGAAUUGUCAAGUUCUGGAUAUUUAGCCUCAAAUGCAGCAAAAUGGCUUAAGCUUCUUUAAUUGGUGCCUGGGAAUCUAUACAAGUGGGUUGCGUGGUGGAAAGACUGCUUUUCAUAUGUGGCUAUCAGCAGAUUUGAUUAAUUUGAUGGCAUAUAUUCUUACAUUUUGAGGAGAAUCAAUCAUGAUCUGUAGAAACUUAAAUAGGCAAAGAAGAGAUAUGCAUUUUACUUCAAAAGAAAAUAAUUGCAUUUGAAGACUGUUGGCAAGUAUGUCUUAUGACUCUAAUUUUGCCUCCUUAGCAACUAGUAUCCCAUAUUGCAUUACCCUUCACAUGUUGAUUGUACAUGCUGUUUAGAUUAUUUAAGUUCAGUUGGGUGCAUCUUAAAGAUGAAUUACAUGUCCUUUACAUUGCCUUGAUUGGGUAGGUUUUCACCGUUGUGGUUAUGAAUAAUAAAUAGUUAGCAUUCUCUCGUCAAA